AUGAGCCUGGCGAUGGCUUUAUCUCCAAAAAGCAACGCGCUGGCGCUGAAGCGCACGCUGCAGAACGCAGAUCAUCGCCACGAGCGCUCAUCUAAGCGACAUUAUCUCGGAGGUCACGAGGAGCAGACACCAUGGCUCUAUGAGACCAAGCCACUCAAUGGCUGGCGCUCUCUCGGCGAUCCGGCAGUGCAAAACUCGUUACCGCUGGCGAACAUGGUGUCUGCUGUUCAGGACUUGAUUGACCCGGAUUUUGAUCCGUUGACUGCUAUUUUGGAUGACGAGCCUCGUUUCUUGAAACCGUUAGCAGAUCGCAUCGCGCCAGAGGACUUGGAGUUUUUACGUUUUCGAGGUGCGCUUUCGAUUCCCGAGAGUGGUCUGCGAAACGAGCUCUUGCGGUCUUAUAUCCUAUGGGUACACAGUUUCAUGCCGGUACUCAACCUCCAGGAUUUUUUGCGUUGUGUCGCAGAGAACGACCCGGAAGGAAAUGUUAGCGUGCUGCUUUUUCAGGCAGUGAUGUUCGUGGGGACGGCAUUUAUUGAUCUCAAGCAUCUGCAAGAUGCAGGAUACUCGACUCGAAAGAGCGCGCGCAAUGCCUUUUUUACCCGGCUCAGGCUACUCUAUUCCUUUGAUUGCGAAGAAGAUCGCAUCGUAAUUCUCCAAACGCUCCUUUUGAUGACCUACUGGUCAGAUCCCGAGAACAGUCCACAGCGUGAUAUCUGGGAUUGGAUCGGAGUAUGCAACACACAGGCACACUCUAUCGGACUGAACAAAGAUCCUUCAGCUGGCGAUAUGGAUAUCAAGACGAGACGGUUGCGCACUCGACUCUGGUGGUGCUUAUACUCGCGAGACCGGCUCAUCGCCAUGGGGAUGCGCCGACCACUGCAAGUGAAUGAAGGAACAAGCAAUGUUCCUAUGUUAAGAUCAGAAGACUUUGAUUUUGAGCCUUUUUCGCCUUCGGCUGUGGCCCUCUUCCGUUGUCGUCAGCUUGAAGACGUGUCGCAUCAAAAACGUCUAGCGACCAUGUUCAUCGAAAAGGUAAAGCUUUGCCAGUGUAUUGGCAGAGUUCUAUUUGCACAGUAUGCUCCUUCACAGCGCCAAUUUGGAACAACUGAUCGGACCACCGUUACCUUGAUUCCACGACAGGCGUCAGAAUCGGAGUUUACUCGAUGCAGUCAGAAGCUUGACUCGUGGCUUAGUGCACUUCCUAAAGAUGCCCAAUUUAUCCCGGCUUCCAGGAGCAAUUUUCGUGAUGGUGAAGAUGUUCUGCUUCUCCACGGCGCUAUGCUUCGCAUGCUAUACCAUGCCACCACCAGUGCCCUACACCGUCCGUGGGCAGCUCAUUCCAAGGACCAGUCAAAGUCCCGUACGGAGUGGCGUAAGAUUGCUCGCACGAAAAUGCAUGAUGCUGCGGCGGGUAUCACGCACAUUAUCCAAGGCCUUAACCAACUCAAUCUCACGCGGUUCCUUCCACAGUCCGGCGUGACUGUGAUUCUCCCAGCUGCGGUAGCGCACCUAUCAAACUCUAUGUCCGAUAAUCCUGCAGUCCGCGAGAGUAGCAUCUAUAACUUUCACCGCUGCAUUCAAGUGUUGCAUUGCCUGAAAGACAUGUACCCCGCUGCCAAUGUCGAGUUUGCCAACCUUGAAGCUGCCAUCAAGAUGCAGAGUGGCAAUUGCAACUCCAAUACGUUCUUCCAAAUCAUGCAAUACGAUUUCAACGCCCCCGCCUCACCUUUCAAUGCCAACACAGACGUACGAAAACCGAGCAGUGCGGAUUCUAUCACUGCCGCCCAUUCCAUUCGCCAACUGGAAGACAAAUCCGUGACUCCAGCCGAAACUCCGGGCUCUCGGUCCGGGACAUCGUCCACCGCAUCAGACACGCAGCGGCAACGCCAGUCCACCUCCGAGACAGCUCAAAAUACCUCUUCUACUCCUCUAAAUUCAACCAAUCCAUCUCACCGCCCUUUCCCCAACGACUUCGAUGACCACUUCAUGGCAACAGACUCCUCCAGCAACGCCGAUAACCCCUUCAGUUUCCUCGACAUUGACUUUGACACCUUCCCAAAUGUCGCUGGAUCCGACCCCAAAUCCCUCAACAUUCCCUCAAAUCAAGGCCUUGACAGCAUAGACUGGACACAAGCCUUAUUUCAAGGAACUUCUCUACCGGAUCUGGAAAAUUCAAAUUCUUUCGAGACCCAGCGACGAACACAAGGCAUGUCACAUAACUCACAGAGCGGGCAGGACCAAGAGCAGGAUCUCUUUGCGUUUGCACUGAAAGAUGAUAUCGAGGGAGAAUCUCAUUUAAGCAGCCAUUCAUCUGGGCAUGUUAACGGUAAUAUCACUGGUGAUUUGGAUCGGGAUCUUGGGUUUCAGACUGGCGACGAGGGAUUCUAA